AUGAAGUGGACAGCAUUGUCAUUGGUGAUAUACAUGACCAUUUUUGCAAUUUUGAUCAGUGGACAUUACAAUUGCAAAAUGCUGCAGUUUAUCUUUGGGGAUUGUAUCUCGGAUGUUGGGAACAAUAAUUACUUGUCGGAAAGUCUUGCUCGGGCAAGCCUGCCUUGGUAUUGUAGGUUCUCUAAUUGCCUUACUCUCGCUGUUAUGGUAGGGUACAAGAUGGGAUUUCAAAGGACUCCUGCUUUUUUUGAUCUAUCUCUAACUGAAGAAGUCAUACUAGAAAAUGGAGUAAAUUAUGCCUCCGAAGGUGGAGGGAUUUUGAACGAGAUCGGUAGUUACUUUGUAAGUUGA